ACAUAUGAAAAAAAAUAGAAAAAAUAUAGCUCUAUAUCUUAAAUCAACUCCAAUGUUAUCAAAGAAAACACAUUUUAAUAGAUCAUGAAUAAAAGACAAAAGAAGGAAGAUAGCAUUUCUUUGGCAAGGAAUGAUCCUUCCUCUUUUAUCCGCUCGCAACAUAACUAAACCACAUUACUAACUCAACACAAACAAAGCCAUGGCUACUGCAGCAUCAUCAGCUACUGUAGCAAGUAGCGCUUAUUCCUUACCUGCUCGAAAACGCGUUUCCAUCAACGAUCAUCGUGUCCGAAUCCCGACUUCAUUUUCAAGGCUCAGCAGCCAUGCAACGCGGCGGCUGCUGGUGGUCCGAAGCUCCGGCGAGGAAGGCGCGACGGCUGUCGAUGAAGGGGAGCCGCCACAGACGCCGGCAGAGGUCCCGAAAGGGCCUCCGUCCUUGAUAUCAACCCUUAAUGUGGAGAAAGCUUUGCGUGGGAUUGCAAUUACAGAUGCUGAUCACUAUGGACGGCUGGGGCUUCCCACCAAAUGUUCAUAUGAUGAGGUAAAUGUUGCUUACAAGAGCAAGGUGACUGAGCUGACGAGUAAAGGGUUGGAAGAAGAAGAGCUUAGCAAGGAGCUAGAGCUCUUAAAGGAAUCGUAUUCGAUUCUGUCGACACCGGAAGAGAGAAGGCUUUACGAUUGGAGUUUGGCCAGAAGUGAGAAGCCAGAUACAUAUGUGUGGCCAUUUGAAGUUGAUAGAAUGCGAGAACAAUUAGGAGACCCUCCUCCUCAGGAUCCAGAGGAUGAAUUGCCAACAACAUACACAGGAUACUUCUUUUUAGGGUGGUUAACACUGUCCAUUCUACUAUACCUUGUAUUCAAUCGAUAAGGCGAUAUCGAUCUGUGAUUAUGAAAGUUUCCCAUGUUUCUAACAAUGAUCUUUUCAAUUUUAGUUUAUAUUCAUGGAGGCGAACGAUAA